GCGGAGCGCGGUAGGAGGGAAGACUGACGGACCACGCAUCCGCAUCACCGUCAGCGGCGGAGAGGUGGCAUCGCCUGCAGGAAUCCAGUUGGAAAGUCCACACACGAGGGGAAAAUGCGCUGAGGGGACGCCGCCUGGAGCCCGGUCGUUCACCAAAGAUCACUUUACGGCGCUGAGACCUCUGAAGGAACAGCAGAACCCGCUCCGGACAAGUUGUGAUUUCAGAGGAAAUCCGACUGGAGAUGAAUACUAACGAUGCCAAGGAGUAUCUCGCGCGGCGGGAGAUACCUCAACUAUUUGAGAGCCUGCUGACAGGCUUGAUGUACUACCGGCCCGACGACCCCAUCGACUACUUGGAAGGCUGUCUGAAGAAAGCCAGGGAGCUCGGGGGACCAGAAAAGGUGCGGUGGGACACCUUCGUGGGCCAGGAGAAGAAGUCCCUGCCCCCUCUCAAUGGCGGCCAAUCACGCAGGUCCCUCUUCAGAAACGUGUUGCCCGACAGUCCAAAUUUCCCCUACAGACGAUAUGACCGCCUCCCUCCCAUCAGCCAGUUUUCCAUCGAGAGUGACUCGGACCUGUCGGAGACGGCGGAGCUCAUAGAGGAGUACGAGGUGUUCGAUCCAUCCAGACCGCGACCCAAAGUCAUCCUCGUCAUCGGUGGCCCUGGCAGCGGCAAAGGAACACAGUGCCUGAAGAUCGCCGAGCGCUACGGCUUCCAGUACGUGUCCGUGGGCGAGCUGCUGAGGAAGAAGAUGAUCCACAACGCCACCAGCAACAGAAAGUGGAGCCUGAUCGCUAAAAUCAUCACCAAUGGAGAGCUGGCACCACAGGAGACAACAAUAACUGAGAUCAAGCAGAAGAUCAUGAAGUUCCCCGACGCCAAUGGUAUCGUCAUAGACGGGUUCCCCAGAGACGUCGGACAGGCCCUGUCCUUUGAAGACCAGAUCUGCACUCCUGACCUGGUGGUGUUCCUGGCCUGCACCAACCACCAUUUGAAGGAGCGGCUGCAGAAACGGGCCGAGCAGCAGGGACGACCGGACGACAACCCCAAGGCCAUCGACCGCCGCCUGACCAACUUCAAGCAAAACACCAUCCCUCUGGUGAAAUACUUCCAGGAGAGGGGCCUCAUUGUUACGCUGGACGCUGACCGAGACGAGGAGGAGGUCUUCUGUGACAUCAGCAUGACUUUGGACAACAAGCUGUUUCCCUCCAAAGAGCCUGCAGCCGGUCCCAGUGAGCUGGAUCUCAGCCUGCUGGGUGAAACCAGCAGCCUGGCAGAUGUCGCUUGCAAGUACGAUGAGGUUGAAGGGGAGGAAGAAACUGGCUACGCCGAAGGAGCCGCAGAAAGUUACUGUACAGAACAGAAGAAGCCAAAGGUCAUCUUCAUGAUGGGUGGUCCGGCCUCAGGGAAAUCUCUGCAGUGUGAGCGGAUGGAGGAGAGGUUCGGCCUGCGUCCCGUCACCCUGGGCGACCUGCUGUGUGCCGAGCUGCAGUCUCACAGCGAUCGAGGGCGUCACCUGCGGGACGUCCUGGAGAGAGGAGAGCAGCUGCCCGAGGACACACUGCUGGAGCUGCUGUGUGAGGCGGUGGCGUCUUCGGUGCGGCAGGGGAAAGGUCUCGUGAUCAGCGGCUUCCCCAGAGACCUGAGACAGGCGGACGAGUACGAGGCCAAGGUGGGGGAACCCAGCGCGGUGCUCCUGCUGAACUGCUCGGCCGACACCAUGUCCAGUCGUCUGCGGCGCUGUGGCAGAUCCGCCCCCGCCUUCCACCCCGCCUCAGACAGAGACGGCGUCCUGCACAGGAGGGCCGAGAGCUUCUGCAGCGACAGCCAGGAGGUGGCGUCUCAUUACGAAGGCAAAAGGCUUCUGCACACGAUUGAUGCCGAGAGGUCGCCGGAUGAAGUGUUCGCCCAGGUCUGCCAGGCGAUGGAGGCCUUCUGAGUUCUGCAGUCUCCUCAACGCCGCCUCCCACCCCGAGCUCUGCUGUCCAGGAGGUCCACGCGUGAAGCUCUUCUCUCGCUCCAUCUCUACGCUGCGUCGCUCUCAAGGAGACUCGCCCACAUGCCCUCACACCUGCGCCAGACACACAGUACGCUCAUUGAACUCCAGUGGUAUGCAUGUCCCCAGACACUCCCAGCAAUCAGUGCAACCUUUCUGCUUUCUGACGCUGACGAAGCGCCUGGCCGUCACUCUCUGCUUCACCCACUCGCAUUGUCUCACUCUUACAUUGACCUCAAUAUAUGCUGCCAACUGCCGGACCGAGGCAGAUAACUGUACUGAGAAAAUAGCAUUCCCUGCUGUGACUGAGAGCAUGUUUCUAGUUGAAACCCUUUCUGCCGUUUCCCCCCCUGCCCGGAGGAGCUGAGAGAGGGUUCCCGCCACGCUAGAAAGUGGAAAUGUCAGUGUGCGCUCAUGCUCUCUUGCACAGCUUCAUGUUUUAUAUUGUAACAAGCAUGCAAGAAUUACAAUCAAGCUUAACUGCCUUUUGUGCAUCAAAUAAAAAGCAGAAAAGAAUUGAGAGUAUUAAAGAAUAUCGCGUUUGUAUGUUUCCAAGCUCAUCGUGCAGGUGCUUGUUGGAGUCUGGUAUUUAACAUUCAA